AUGCCUACCGCAGAGGUGCAAGAAGGCGCUCCUAUCAGGGUGGUCCAUCUGCAGGCUCGCGGUGACAAGCAGACGGUCCUGGAUCCGGUUCAUGCGGAGUUGCGGUUCCUGUCGAAGUGGCGGCCGCACCUUCGUUUGAAAUUCGAAGGGUCCAGCUAUCCCACCAUCGCUGCGCUGGGGCAACUUCCGGCUGCUUUAUCAGCAGACCACGGUGUCGUCGCUCGCAAGGACCUGAGGCAGCUCUUGGCAUACGUGGAUCCCCAGGGAUACGGAGCAUCCCUCGCUUCAGACGAUGAAGCUUUCUUGCACCUUCUAGAUCGAGUCGGGAUCCUGAUCGCGGCACUGCUUUACCAGGAUGCAAGUAUCUGGGAAAUGCACACGCGACCGACCCUGCUCUCCUGCGCGCCGCCUGGCUUUGGCACGGUCACAGCCUUGAUGGAGCGCCGGCGGCAGAGGCAGCGGCUCCAGGAGGCCACCACGUGCGGUCUGCCGAGCGCCCAGAUCCACAGCAGUUCGAUGAUUCUGGAGCUGCGAACAGCAUUGGAGGCGUUGUCAGAACGACUCGGCGACCAAAGCUUCGGAAAAGGAACUGACAAGCAAUCCGGCAGUGAUCGUGAAGACAGGCAUGGGUUCAGCCGCCUCGAUGCACGAGCUUACGCGUUCCGAACUCGGCUGUUGCAGAGCUUGGCAGUUGCAAGUCCCAUGAUGACUUCAUUUCGGACUGUCCGGAGUCUUACGGAAGUGUCGGGCUCGAAGAGCGACCGGUGCCCUUGCAGCGGAGCUGGGAGCGCUUCCACAGGAAGUCUCCCUUGUACAGAUGAAGACCGUGUACCUGCUGAGGCAUGGAGAAGCGCUUCACAACUUGGUCGACAAAGGUGCCGGCAGCUACGAGCGGCGCAGGGACCCCUCAUUGGCGGACCCUCCCCUGACAGACAAGGGCACCUCUCAGGCAUUGGCUGCCAGAGAUCUGCUUGA